AUGCAGUUCGGAACCACUUUCACCAUCGUCUUCACCGCCGCUUCGGCCAUGAUCCCAGCCGUCUUUGCGAGUUGCACAUAUUCCGUUUACGACUCGAUUGGCAAAAUGGUGGUCGAGGAUAAAGAUCUCCCAACUAAUAGGCGUGACUACUAUACGAUUGGCAAGAAAAAGUAUACUUUUUAUUUCAAGGAAAACUGCGACUUCGACUAUAGCAAGCCUCCACUUCCUCGGUGCUGGCAUGUCUCGGGGAUCCCCAAGGGCCUGUAUGACCAGAGCUUUUGUGGCGCAUCUGAGGAUGCGAGGAUACAAAGGGUGGUUUUGGCCAGGAAAGAAGUAAAGAUCACGACAACACCUGUACGCUAUUUUAUCUACAUUGCAUCUGGAGACUGUUGA